AUGGCGAUGGCGGUGGCCCGGCUGACCAGUCUCGCCUGCACUCCCCGACAGGCGCAGCAUCGCGGCCGCCAUAGCCUUGCUCCGCCGCGCGCCUCGGGUGCGGUGGAGGUGCGGGUCUGCACGAACCGCACGUGCGCGCGACAGGGCGGGCGCGAGGUCCUGGCUGCGCUCGCGGGCCUCGCGCCGCCGCGGGUCGACGUGGGCUCCUGCGGGUGCCUCGGGCGCUGCGGCGCCGGGCCCAACGUCGCGGCGUCCGUCGCCGGGAGCGCCGCGGUGUUCGGCCACGUGGGCACGGCGGCGCGAGGCGCGCAGCUACUGGAGCACCUCCUCGGCUCCGCGGAGUUCGACGCGGCCCUAGGGCUCACCGCGCUGGCCACGAGGGAGAAGGCGAAGGCUGCCCUCGAGAAGGGAAACGCGGACGAAGCGGAAGCCCUUCUGACUGAGGUUAUUGGGUCCAAUGCUUGUGGUGGUCUGCAUUUGGUGUACAAGAGCAGGUCUAAGGCGAGAUUGGCAAUGGGGGAUAUCUCUGGUGCACUUGAGGACGCUGAGGAAGCAAUAAGAAUAGCUCCCAGAUUUCCUCAGGCUCACUUAUUGCGAGGCGACGCACUUUUUGCAAUGGGUGAAUAUUCUGUUGCGGAAGAUGCCUAUGCAGAUGCCUUGGAUCUUGAUCCAUCUAUUCGCCGAUCCAAGUCUUUCAGGGCCCGUGCGGAAAGGCUACGAGAGAAGCUUGUUAGUGCAAAUAAUCCAUAG